AUGAUAUUCAACGCAGCUGUGGACGGGCAGUGGGGAGCAUGGACAGCCUGGUCAACCCUUCCAAUGACUUGCACGGUUACAGGCAAUCCGGAAUACGUAACAAGAUCCAGGGCGUGCAACAAUCCGGUUCCUGUGGGAGAUGGCUUGUACUGCGUUGGCAAUCCUAAUGAUAAUAAAUCAGUUACUCUCCCAAGAUGUCCGGUGAACGGCGGUUGGAGCCAGUGGUCGCAAUGGUCACAGCCUUCGAUGACGUGUAGCAUGAGUGGCACUCCAGAGAUUGUCAGCAGAACGAGACAGUGUAACAAUCCAGCCCCGGUAGCUGAUGGCCUGCCCUGCCAGGGGAGUGACACCGAGAGCAAAUCCGUCCCCAUGCCAAGAUGUCCUGUUAAUGGGGGUUGGAGCCAGUGGUCUCAGUGGUCAUCUCCCCCUGCCACGUGUACAACGACCGGAAAUCAAGAGGCGGUCAGCCGGACGAGGCAGUGCAACAAUCCCACUCCUGUAGCUAAUGGCAUGCCAUGUUCCGGCAGUGAUGUGGAUAGCAAGAUGGUUUCCCUACCAAGAUGCUCGGUGAACGGUGGUUGGAGCCAGUGGUCGCACUGGUCACUACCUCCGAUGACGUGUAGCAUGAGUGGCACUCCAGAGAUUGUCAGCAGAACGAGACAGUGUAACAAUCCAGCCCCCGUAGCUGAUGGCCUGCCCUGCCAGGGUAGUGACACCGAGAGCAAAUCCGUCCCCAUGCCUAUAUGUCCCGUCAAUGGUGGCUGGAGCGUGUGGACGCAGUGGUCGUCGGUGGCAAUCACAUGCACGAUGACAGGGAACCAGGAGACAGUUACACGGACCAGACAAUGCAACAAUCCCACUCCCGUUGGAAAUGGUCAGCCCUGCUUUGGCAGCAAUACGGAUAGCAAACAAACCUCUCUGCCUAGAUGCGCCAUCAACGGGGCUUGGAGCACUUGGUCAAAAUGGUCGUCUGCGGCUGUUAGUUGCUCUCAAAAUGACGAAUCGAUCUCGGUUUCUCGGAUUCGAUCCUGCGAUAAUCCGGCCCCAUCCGCUGGCGGAGCACCUUGCUCCGGUAGCAAUACCGAUACGAAAACGGUAGAUUUGCCAGUCUGCGCGGUGAACGGCGGUUGGAGCCAGUGGUCGCAGUGGUCACUACCUUCGAUGACGUGUAGCAUGAGUGGCACUCCAGAGAUGGUCAGCAGAACGAGGCAGUGUAACAAUCCAGCUCCCGUAGCUGAUGGCCUGCCCUGCCAGGGGAGUGACACUGAGAGCAAAUCCGUCCCCAUGCCAAGAUGUCCCGUGAAUGGAGGUUGGAGUAUGUGGGGUCCGUGGUCUAGCCCUUCCAUCACAUGUAGCCUGGGUGCGAGCCAGGAUCUGACGGUGACGAGAUCGAGACUGUGUAACAAUCCCAUUCCGGUUGGAGAUGGAAUGUAUUGCGUCGGCAGCGAUACGGAUUCGAAGACCGUUCACGUUGAGAGAUGUGCGGUCAAUGGAGCCUGGGGUUCUUGGUCUCGCUGGUCAUCUCCGACUGUCACUUGCACUUCAAACGGAGAGUCGGUAAUGGUAACUCGGACAAGAAUGUGUGACAGCCCUGCUCCGCUCGGAUCCGGAUCGCCCUGUCCCGGUAGCAAUACCGAGACGAAAUCUGUCGAGACUCCUAUCUGUGCUGUAAAUGGAGCCUGGAGCAGUUGGACGCUGUGGUCGCCAACGAGCGUCACGUGCACCGCGAGCGGCAGUCCAGUGUACGUGACGAGGUCAAGGAUGUGCAACAAUCCCACACCGGUCGGUGAUGGAAUACCGUGUAUUGGUAGCGAUACCGAGACGAAAUCUGUUCCUAUGAAGAUGUGCCCGGUGAACGGUGGUUGGAGCCAGUGGUCGCAGUGGUCACUACCUUCGAUGACAUGUAGCAUGAGUGGCACUCCAGAGAUGGUCAGAAGAACGAGACAGUGUAACAAUCCAGCCCCCGCAGCUGAUGGCCUGCCCUGCCAGGGGAGUGACACCGAGACAAAGAUGGUGCCAAUGAAGAUUUGUCCGGUGAAUGGAGGUUGGAGUAUGUGGGGUCCAUGGUCCAGCCCUACCAUCACAUGUAGCAUAGGUGGGAGCCAGGAUUUGACGGUGAUCAGGACCAGACUGUGUAACAAUCCCACUCCCACUGGCGACGGCAUGUAUUGCGUCGGCAGUGAUACGGAUUCGAAGACUGUCUCCAUCAAAAUGUGUGCCGUGAACGGCGGUUGGAGCCAGUGGUCGCAGUGGUCACUGCCUUCGAUGACGUGUAGCAUGAGUGGCACUCCAGAGAUGGUCAGCAGAACGAGGCAGUGUAACAAUCCAGCCCCCGCUGCUGAUGGUCUGCCCUGCCAGGGGAGUGACACUGAGAGCAAAUCUGUCUCUAUGCCUAUAUGUCCCGUCAACGGUGGCUGGAGCGUGUGGACGCAGUGGUCGUCGGUGGCGAUCACAUGCACGAUGACAGGGAACCAGGAGACAGUCAUACGGACCAGACAAUGCAACAAUCCCACUCCUGUUGGAAAUGGUCAGCCCUGCUUUGGCAGCAAUACGGAUAGCAAACAAACCUCCCUGCCUAGAUGCGCCGUUAAUGGGGGCUGGAGUCCCUGGUCGCGGUGGUCCUCCACAGCCGUUAGUUGCACCGGAAAUGGAGAAUCGGUAUCCGUUUCUAGAAUAAGAAUGUGCGACAAUCCGACACCAUCCGGUAAUGGACAGCCGUGCGUGGGAAGCAAUACCGACACGAAACCGGUCGAAAUGCAAGUUUGUGCUGUUGAUGGGGCGUGGAGCUCUUGGUCUCAGUGGUCCGCAGUCUCCAUUAGUUGUACCAUGACCGGAAAACCGGAGUAUGUGAGCCGGACGAGGAUGUGCAACAAUCCGGCUCCUGUUGGCGAUGGGCUGCCCUGCAAUGGAGAGAGCGCCGAAACAAAAUCCGUUGAUGUACCGAAGUGCAGUAUAAACGGGGGCUGGAGUGAAUGGUCGCAGUGGACCACAGCCUCAGCUACUUGCAGCAGCAACGGACAACCGGUAUCGGUAUCUCGAGUCAGGAAAUGUAACAAUCCGGUACCGGUUGGUUUCGGUUCUAUGUGCCCUGGUAUGAGGAAGGAAGUUAAAUACGUUCACGUCCCGGACUGCAGUGUAGAUGGCGCUUGGAGCAGUUGGUCCCCGUGGUCAGCUCCAUCGGUUAGUUGUAACCCAGGGGGAAAUCCGGUAUACGUUUCCCGGUCCAGACUGUGCAACAAUCCGGUUCCGGUCGGUUCGGGACUGCCGUGCUACGGUAACAGCACCGAUUCGAAGAUGGUGUAUUUACCGAUGUGCAGUGUGAACGGAUCUUGGAGCAGCUGGGGAAGGUGGUCAUCUACGGCCGUUAGUUGUACCGACACGGAUAGCCCGGUGUACGUUUCGAGAGUCCGGAAUUGCGAUAAUCCGGCGCCAAGCGGUGACGACGGCUGGGAUUGUCUCGGAAGUAGAUCGGAAUCGAAACCAGUUACUCUGCCAAUAUGCGCCAUAGACGGAUCUUGGGGCCAGUGGGGACCCUGGACGGAAGUCCCGCGCACUCCCACUAGCGAUCCGAAAUUGGACAACUUUUCGAGAACCAGGAAAUGUGAUAGCCCCCCUCCAUCUAAUGGGGGCAUGGAUUGUGUUGGGCCCUCUGUGGAUUACAAAUCUGUCGCCUGUACUAAGUGUAGUAAAUGGACAGACUGGACACCCUGGGGCACCUGCGGGGCUGAAAGACCUGACAUUACCACCCGCCAUCGUCAGUGCCUGCCCAUCAAAGGUCAAUGUCUGGGUCAUUACAAAGAGGGCAAAAGUUGUCGAUCUACUACUACUUCUACUACUAAAACGCCAAUGAUUCAGUAUGGAAAGAAGCGCUGA